CAAACUUGGAGGUUGAACACUUAAGCCUUCGUCACGGUCGCCACUGAACAAAAUGUUGAGAAGGGCACCACGGAUCUCUCCUCGUCUCUUAAAUGGCUUUGGUUCCUUCUUUACUUCUUCUACCCAAUCCAGCCGGCCAUUUUCUUCGCCGUCCGAAUUCCAAAACUCGUCUCCUCCUAUUCACCACUCCGAGGAUCCCAACCAACCCACUGAAACUCUUCAGUCCACAGCUAAAAUCUCCAUUGAUCGCUCGGGCUUGUACAAUCCUCCUGAGCAUUCCCAUGAACCCUCUGCAGAUUCUGAGCUGGUUAAGCAUUUAAAGGGCAUCAUCAAGUUUCGUGGUGGACCUAUCUCAGUUGCUGAGUAUAUGGAGGAAGUGUUGACAAAUCCUAAGGCUGGGUUCUACAUUAACAGGGAUGUGUUUGGGGCCCAAGGUGAUUUCAUUACCUCUCCUGAAGUGAGCCAGAUGUUUGGAGAGAUGGUUGGUGUUUGGGCCAUGUGUCUCUGGGAGCAAAUGGGACAACCAUAUAAAGUCAACCUAGUUGAACUGGGUCCAGGACGGGGAACCCUCAUGGCUGAUCUUCUCCAUGGUGCAUCAAAAUUUGUAAAAUUCACAAGAUCACUUAAUAUACACAUGGUAGAAUGCAGUCCCGCACUACAGAAACUGCAGUACAGCGCCUUGAAAUGUACAGAAGAAGAUAUUACGGGCAGCAAUGGUGGUCAAAGGACUGUAACCAACUUGGCAGGAGCUCCAGUUUCUUGGCAUGCGACGCUGGAGCAGGUUCCAACAGGAUUGCCUACUAUCAUCAUUGCCCAUGAAUUUUAUGAUGCUUUGCCAGUUCAUCAGUUUCAGAGAGCUUCGCAUGUUUGGUGUGAGAAAAUGGUUGAUGUUGCAGAAAAUUCACAGUUUCGUUUUGUUCUAUCUCCACAGCCUACACCUGCAAAAUUCUAUCUGAUGAAGCGGUGUAAGUGGGCUGCAGCAGAAGACAGUGCUAAGCUUGAUCACAUUGAGGUUUGCCCAAAGGCAAUGGAGCUGACUCAUACAAUUGCAAAGAGAAUAAGUUCUGAUGGUGGUGGAGCUCUUAUAAUUGAUUAUGGUAUGAAUGGAAUAGUUUCAGCUAGUCUUCAGGCUAUUCGGAAGCAUAAGUUUGUCGAAAUAUUGGAUAAUCCUGGGACAGCUGACCUUAGUGCUUAUGUUGAUUUUUCUGCCAUCAAGCAUUCUGCGGAGGAAGCUUCAGGUGAUGUAUCAGUUCAUGGCCCAAUUACUCAGUCUCAAUUUUUGGGUUCCCUUGGUAUAAACUUCCGAGUCGAGGCACUGCUGCAAAACUGCACAGAUGAGCAGGCGGAGUCCCUGAGGACAGGAUACUGGCAAUUGGUGGGGGAUGGAGAAGCCCCAUUCUGGGAGGGACCUGAUGAGCAAACACCCAUUGGUAUGGGUACACGGUAUUUGGUAAUGGCAAUCGUGAACAAGAAGCAAGGUGUUCCAGUUCCAUUCGAAUAAAUUUUGAGACAUAAAAGGCGAGUGGAAUAAUCUAAACUAUCAGUAUGUAUACUCAGAUUACCUGCUGUGAAGGACAUGUUUCCUGUUUUUCCUUCAUCUUUGGGGUACUGUUCAAUUUUGCCUUGGCUAUAUUUAUACCAAACUUUUGACUUUUUCUUCAGUUCUCAUCUAUAUUAUUCAAAACAACAGUGUAUCUGUAUUUAUCAUUUUCUUAAUGAUGAUUAUUGACAUGUA